UGUACAAACAGCACAGAUGGUUGGUCAGGGCUACGAUGGUGCUGGAAACAUGUCUGGGAAGAGAAAAGGCGUACAAGCAAGAAUACAACAACAGAUCCCUAAUGCUGUGUACACACACUGUAAGGCACACUGUCUGAACCUCGCCAUCGUGCACGCCUGCAGCGAAACGUUCGUUAAGAAUAUGAUGGGAACAGUUCAAACUGUGGCAUUUGCUUUCAAUUACUCUGCAAAGAGGCUAUUGAAAUAUCAGGAUACACUUGAAACCGACCCUCAGAGUACAGAAGCUAUGGGUAACAGAUCGAAACUGGUCAAUCUUUGUGACACACGGUGGACAGCUCGAGCUAAAGCACUGGACACAUUCCUUUGUUCUUACAGCACCGUAGUAAGUGCAUUGGAGUUCCUUGCAGAUGACGGGGACGCAAAAGCUGCUGCCUACUUACUAUCGGUGUCAACAUUUGAAUUUGUAAUCACUCUAGUGACGACGGAACAUUGUAUCAAGUCGCUUGUGCAGCUGUCUGAAAACUUACAGGAGAAAACGUGUGAUCUUCUAAAAGCUUCACAAGAGGCUAAGACGCAGAAAGUAAUGCUUCAGAACAAGAGAAAUGAUAUAACUGUAUGGGAAGCAUUGUAUGAUAAAGCUGUGAAUAUAGCAAGGACUGUGGGGGUUGAACCCAGUAUGCCCAGAAGUAACGGUCGUCAGCGAAAUCGCCCCAAUGUUCCAGCAGAUACACCCUCAGAGUUUUGGCGAUUGAACAUGUACCUCCCGUUCACAGAUCAUUUAAUAACAGACCUGUCGGAUCGAAUCCUGCAAGCGAACGAUAGAUACCUCGCCCAGAAUCUUAUUCCAUCUCAAGUAAUUGAACUUUUAUAUUGAUUACUUUGCCAAAUCUAAAUAUACGCUCAUUUUAUGUAAGUGUGAACUAUGUAACUGUAAUUGAUAUAUGGCUGCGGAAAUUGCUUUAGUGUAGUUAUUUGUUAUGAUUACCCACUUUUUUGGUUUUGCAG